AUGAAAUACCUUAAGGGCCUCCUGCUGCCCGCACUGCUGGCAUUAGCACCUUCCGCCACAGCUGCCAAAGACGCGCCUUCCAUCGAGACGACCACGUUUAGCAACGAGCUUGUAAAUCUGCAGUACUUUGACGAUUCCACCGUUGCUCUCGUGCAGGAAUUGGGGAGCGGGAAGAUAUACCGGUCACCUGAUGCUGGCAAGGCCUGGAAGGAGCUCAAAGACCUGAAGAAAGGUCUGGGGAUAAUCAAGAACCCAUACGAUAACAAGGUUGCUCUUGUCCUGGGCGAAGAACAGCACUGGAUUACGUACGACCAGGGCGAGACAUGGCAGGACUUCAAAACCGAGUACUCGCCGUCGCCGAACGGACCUGUGAGCUGGCAUUCACAGGACAACAAGAAGAUCUUGAUCCAUGAAAUUGAAGAUUGCUUAUUUACCCCAUGUUUGGGACUCACUUACUACACCACCGAUGGCUUCAAGACAAAACCGAAGACUCUGGUCGAGGGCCGCAGAAUGUGCCAAUGGGCAAAAGGCUCGGAGCGCUUCCUCGAGGGACAGGAGAAGCACGACGAUCGCAUAUUGUGCAUCCUGCGCGGCAAAUACUCAGACCGCUCUAAAGACUUCAGGCUCAUGAUCAGCGAUGAUUACUUCAAGACCGCAGAAGAACCUGUCAUGUCAUCCGGACGCACCGUUCAGGGUAUGGCCAACAUGGCCGCCGUAAAAGGCUAUCUAGUCGCUGCCGUGAAAGCCGACCACUCGAGCGAAUUGUCCCUCUACGUCACCCAAGACACGGAAAACUGGCACCAUGCGCAAUUUGGAAACGGCAAAAUUGAGGAGGAUGCGUACACCAUACUCGAAUCCACAAAUUAUAGCAUCCAGGUCGAUGUCAUGUCCUCCAAGUACGUGUCCAUUGGGUCAUUGUAUACCAGUAACUCCGACGGUCUAUAUUUUACCAAGAAUGUCGACAACACAAACCGCAAUCCAGAUGGAUUUGUCGAUUUUGAGAAGAUCGCAAACAUUCAGGGUGUCGUGCUGGUAAACAUUGUGGACAACGCCAAAGCUGUCCAGGAACGAGGCGCACACAAGAAAUUGAAGUCGCGCAUCAGUUUUGAUGAUGGCAGGACUUUCGAGGAGCUCAAGGUGAAGGGUAGCGACAAGGAGUUACACUUGCAUUCCUCUCCUGGAAUUGUCAUGGGUGUCGGAAACACGGGAGAUGAACUCGGCAAAUACACCGACGGCGAUCUGUAUGUUUCCGAUGACGCUGGUCUGACCUGGGAGCUUGCACUGGACGAAGCGCACAAGUACGAAUUUGGCGAUCAGGGGUCCGUCCUGGUGGCUGUGUUCGACGAGGGCGAUACUGACAAGGUCAUGUACUCGCUCAAGCACGGUCGGAAGGACACUUGGAAAUCCAUCGAUCUUGGCUAUAAAAUUCGCGCGCGCGAAUUAACAACGCUCUCGGACUCAACGUCGCUGAGGUUCUUGCUCUAUGGGUCGAAGAAAAAAGACGGCGGCGGUCGCGAGCACGUGCUCAUUCAGCUAGACUUCAACGAUUUGCACGAGCGAAAAUGUGAAGACAAAGAUUUCGAUCCAAAAUGGUCGGACCCUACCCCCACUUUCGAGUCCUGCGAGUGUGACGAAUUCCGAGACUUCGAAUGCGAUUUUGGGUUCAAACCUGAGGGUGAGGGCAAAGACAAGAAAUGUGUCCCUGAGAAGUUGACUCUGCCAAAGGACGCGUGUAAGAAUGGAGACUCGACCUACAUGGGCAGCUCUGGCUGGAGAAAGAUAUCUGGAAAUCAGUGCAAGGGUGGCUCGAAGAAAGACGAGAAAACCGAGCGCAAGUGCGACGAAGCCGAUCUACCGCCACCAAAGAGCGACAAGAUUACCAGCGAGAUCACCAGGUUCAAGGGUAGCAACUUUUUGGAGCAAUACUACCUGGAACGAUCUACGCAAAAUGAUGAUGACGAAACCGACCAUGACGAAACUGUAGUCAUGUUGACGGACGAGCGCACUGCUUGGAUCACCCACGACCAUGGCAAGCAGUGGAAGAAGGCUGUUGAUGACGAGGUUGUGCGAAUCUAUCCUCAUCAGUACGACAACAACUAUGUCUACUUCCUCACGGCAUCCAAAAAGGUCCAUUACUCAGAGGACCGUGGACUUCGCAACAGCAUCCACUCGUUCGAAGCUCCUGUUAUGCCAAACCAGGAGAUGCUGCAGAUCCUACAAUUUCAUCCAAAGCAGAAAGGCUGGCUUAUCUGGAUGGGCGGCAAGAACUGCGAGAAGGUCAACAGCAAAGAAUGCCACACUGCAGCCUACGUUUCUCAGAAGAAUGGCAAGGAUGAGAGCUGGGAGCCGUUGGUCUCUUACGUCAAGAAGUGCGCCUUCGUUUGGCGUGAAGCUGGCCGUGAUGUAAAGGAAGAGCGGGUAUUUUGCGAGCAGCACGCUAAUGAGGAGACGGGCGCUCCACUCCAGCUUAUAUCCAGCGACGAUUGGUUCAAAAAGCAAGACGUCAAGUUCAAAUCGGUCGUGGAGAUUGCACUCAUGUCAGAAUUUAUCAUUGUGGCAACCAAAGAGAAGGACGACACGCUUCGUUUGGAUGCCAGUCUUGACGCAAACACUUUUGCGGAAGCCCGCUUUCCACCCAAAUUCUUCGACAUCCAUCAGACGGCUUACACUGUCUUGGAUAGCUCCACCCAUGCCAUAUUCCUCCAUGUCACAGUCAAUCCCCGCGUAGACCAGGAGUAUGGAUCCAUCAUCAAGAGUAACAGCAACGGAACAUCGUACGUCCUCAGCCUGAACGCCGUGAACAGAAACACUGAAGGCUAUGUCGACUUUGAAAAGAUGCAGGGACUUGAAGGUGUUGCAAUCGCUAACGUUGUCGUCAACGUCAAUGAGGUGAACGAUGGCGCCAAGAAGAAGAAACAGACUCGCAUCACACAUAAUGACGGCGCCGACUGGAGAGAGAAGGACGCGGAGGGUAAGGCAUAUGAGUGUGCUGGCAAGGGCGAAGAGAAGUGCGCUUUGCAUGUCCACGGCUACACCGAACGUGCGGACCCUCGUGAGAUGUACUCGUCGCCGACAGCAGUUGGUCUGAUGCUUGCCGUUGGUAAUGUCGGAGAAGAACUCGGUACUUUUGGCGAAGCCGACACUUAUAUGACUACCGACGCUGGUCUUACCUGGAAAGAGAUCAAGAAGGGUAGCUAUGCGUGGGAGUUUGGUGACCAGGGCUCGGUCAUUGUCAUUGUGCGCCGAGGCGAAGACACAGAUCAUGUCUACUACACGCUCGACAGCGGUGAAAAGUGGAAUCUCUACCAGUUCUCAGAGCGCAAGAUCCGCGUCGACGCAAUUACCACGGUUCCAAGCGAUACAUCACUCAACUUCCUUCUUUGGGGCAAGGACGGCAAGGAGCUUGUUGCAGUCAAUCUCGAUUUCUCGGGUCUACCUCAGUUCCAAAGAAAAUGCGAUCUCGAUGAAAAAGAUCCCGAGAAGGGAGAUUUCGAUCUUUGGAUCCCGCAGCAUCCUCUACAGCCAGACGACAAGCAAUGCCUCUUCGGUCACGUCGCCGAAUACCACCGCAAGAAGCGUGACGCGGAAUGCAGGAACGGGCAGCGCAUCGACCACAUGCACAACAUCCAGAGAAACUGCACGUGCACGCGGCGCGACUACGAAUGUGCAUACAACUAUGAGCGCCAACCCGGAGGUGAAUGUAAACUCAUUGAAGGCCUUGACCUCGAAGAUCCCACAGCCGUGUGCUCCAAAGGCGCAAAAGAAUUUUGGGAUGUGUCACCGUACCGCAAAAUUCCCCUUUCUACAUGCGAAGGCGGCAACGAAUUCGACCACAUGGGUGAUGUGCACCCGUGCCCUGGAUUCGAAGAAGAGUUUGAGAAGAAACACGGCAUCUCUGGCUUCGGCCUCUUCAUGGCCAUUGUGCUCCCCUUUGCGGCCGCGGGCGGCAUCGGAUACUAUGUCUGGCGCAACUGGGAUGGCAAAUUUGGACGCAUCAGGCUUGGGGAAAACGGGGGGGCUUUUGACAGCGACAGUCGGUGGGUGCAGUGGCCGAUUGCAGCGAUUUCGGGUCUUGUGGCCGUUGUGGCGGCGAUACCUAUGCUCGUGGGCAGUCUGUAUAGGAUGGUGACUGGGCGCAUGGGAGGUGGAUAUGGUGGGCGAACGUACACUAGCAGGAGUUCGUUUGCGAGAGGCCGGGGCGACUACGCAGUGGUGGAUCCGGACGAGGGAGAGCUGCUUGGGGACGACAGUGACGAGGAGGUGUAAGAUAAAGAUGGCUGUUAGACGUGUGUAGUAAAGUCGGGCUCGGCGAACCCGAGUGCUGCAUGAGAGGAGUCGUGUGAUGUUUAGUGGUAGACUUGCGCUUGUACAUUCGUUGUAAGAAUUCAUACAGUUGGAAUC